UUAUAUAUAUAUAUAUAUUUAUUUAAUCUCUGAAUGUGGUAAUUUAUUAAAGCAGAUGUGGCGUUAAUCUUAUUAAUAAUUCCCCAGACUCUUGAUUAUUAUUUUAUUAAUUUAUAUUGUAAGUAUAGAAUUUUAAUGCAUUUGGGAUGUGUCACAAGCUCUGCGUGUUCAUUAUCAUCAUCAUCAUCAUCAUAAUAAUAAUAAUAAUAAUAAAAAUAAAAAUAAAGUGUAGUGAUGAAGAGUGAAAGAGGGAAAGGAGAGAGGGAAUUAAGAAUGAGAUAGAGAAUUAUGAGAGAUUAUGGAAUAGAGAAAAGUAGAAUGUGAGAAUGGUGUGAAUAAAUAGGUAGACAACAAGUUAUAACUAUAAACUCCACCUUGUUUGAGUUUUGUUUAUUUUAUUUUCUGGUUUUAUUCGAGUGAUCGCGUGUAUAGCAAACCAGUAGCCCCAAUAUAAUAACUGUACUGUGAAAACUGUACGUCUAAUGGAUUCUCAAGUACCAGAGUGUUGCAGACAUAGUGGUGGAUCAACCGUUAAGAGAAACACUUGGUCAUCGUCUCCGUCUCCGUCGUCGUCGUGAUCAUCACCGGGUUUUUUUUGUUUAUUGUUGUUAGUUGUUAGUUGUUAGUUGUAGUCAUGGAUUUUACAUCAUUAUUUACUUUAAAUGCUUUUAUUAUUGUAUCUAUUUUACAAUCAUCAUGUUAUUCGGUAUUUGUGACAAUUAGUUCUAAUAAUAUUUCUUUUGUCAAUAAUACUAAUAAUAAUUCAAUGUCAACUGUUGAGAUGAAUUAUUUUUCAAAUUUACUGACAACAGUUAAUGAUAAAUUAAUAAAUUCAUCGAUAAUUCCAAUAUGCUGUCCUUCUGGUUAUAUUGUUAAACAAUCAAAGUGUUUGAAAAUUAAUAAAAUUUCACAAAAUGUUUCUAAAGACGAAGAUGUUAAUAAUAAUGAUAUUGAAUUAAAAUUUCCCCAAAUAUAUACUUAUGAUUUGAGAGUAUCGGAUAAAAAAUGGGAGAGUAUAUUUAAAAAAAAAAAAUAUGGAAUACCGUGUGAUAACGGAUUAUACGCCUUAAAUUCAGAUUCACCGGAAUAUGAUAUUUUUUAUUUGCUUGAAAAUGGAACUAUUUAUCAGAAUAAUACAUCAGUUGGAGCUCCAGAUACCUGGCUUAAUGUUAAUGAUUAUUGUUUAGCAAAUAUUCAAAGAGAAAAUAAAACUUAUUCAGUUGUGGCUGUUUGUCUUUCAAACUCGUAUGAAAAAGAAAUACCAUUUACAUAUCGUAUAGGAAUACUUUUGUCUAUACCAUUUUUUGCAGUUACAUUUUUAGUUUAUGCAUUACUUCCGGAGCUAAAAAAUAUACAUGGUAUUACUUUGAUGGCAUACGUUGGUUCUCUAUGUAUCGCAUAUAUAACUCUGGCUGUUGUCCAGAUUGGAGAUUCUGCUAUUAGCAAUAUCAGGCGUCUCUGCAGUUCAUUUGCUUUUGUUAUUCAUUUUUCAUUUUUGGCGAGUUUUUUCUGGUUAAAUGUCAUGUGUUUCGAUAUCUGGUGGACCUUUGGCAAAAAUCCAGGAAGGCACGCAAUGCCAUGUAAUGGAGGAUUUCGUGCGCUGCAGGGAAGUAUAAAACAACGUGAGCGAAAAAAAUUCAUUAUUUAUUCAAGCUAUGCGUGGGGUUGCGCCGGGAUUUUAACUGGAAUCUGUCUGAUUAUGGAUUUUCAUCCGAGUAUCCCAUCAAGUUUUAUCCGACCGCGAUUUGGUGAACAAAGCUGUUGGUUUACGACCGAUGCUGCUAAAGCAAUUUAUUUUUAUGGACCUAUGGGGGUGACUGUUGUUUGCAACAUAAUUCUUUUUGUAUCUACGGCAAUAAAAAUAGUUAAUCAUAAAAAAGAAACCGCCCAUCAUCUUAAGGGUAUUGACAGUCAUCGACACGAUGAUAAUAAACAAUGGUUCAAUUUAUAUCUUAAAUUAUUCAUUGUAAUGGGAAUAAAUUGGUCAAUGGAAAUAAUAUCUUGGCUCUGUAAAGAUGCACCAGAUUAUGUCUGGUACGUGACUGAUAUUGCAAACACACUCCAAGGUUUGAUAAUCUUUAUAAUAUUUGUGUGGAAAGAUAAAAUAAAACGUUUAUUGCUUAAACGUUUUGGUUGUAAAGAUUCAAGAUUUUUUCAAUCUCGUAAUUCUACACGAAGUGGAUACCACAGUUCAAUGUCUACACGAACUAAUACAUCUACUUUGACUCCUUUACAAGAUAAAUUUAAAAGUACUAAUAGUGUUGAAAAAAAUAUGGCCGAUGAUCAAACUGAUGUUUUUUAAAUAAUAAUA